AUGGGUGACCCCGACUUUGUGGUGGUGGAUGGCGUACCUGUCAUGCUGCCUUCCUACGAUGAAGCUGUAAGCAGCGGCUUGAAUGCUCUGGCACCCGGAUACUCAGCUACCACAGACCAGGGGCAUAGUUUGCAGACAGAAGAUCAGAAUCCUCCUGCUUAUCCUGGCCCCAGGAUUACAGACAUGCUGCCUAGUGAAUUUGAGACCUGUGACAGUAGGUCAGGCUCCUCUGAACUGCUCCAAAGUUUGUACCCAUCCCCAGCAUGCCAAGCGGCAGCACUUCCCGGUUCAGAUCGAACUGACGUAUCCCGUAACACUGCUGGGGAGGUGGCAUCCACAAGUCCACGGAUCGAUAUUGCAGAUGAGAUUCCUUUGAUGGAAGAAGACCCUUAGCCUGCACAGAGAUGUGUCUUCGUCGCAUUGCACCAUCGGGUGACAUGAAUCAUGAGGAUUUAGAGAUAGAAAAGACUAUCUGUGGAUUUGGGGAGGGUAUUUUCCUACUUAUCAAUCUUCCGUAUGAUGAUGUCACCAGAUUGGGUGUACAUUUUAAUCCACAGCAGAGAUAACAGCAUCAGCAUUUGGAACAGCAGCAGUUUUAUGAAUGAAUCCUGGGGAUUUGAUGACAGCAGAUGUAGAAAAAGAACUGUGGCUUUUUAGAAAUGAAAUGUAUAUCUGCAUCGCAGAAAGUCAUAUGGUUCUGUAAGAAAUACUAUUGGAUUUUGAUACUAACUGCCUCACAAAAGCAUGUCAAAGUAUGUAAAUUUGCUUAUAAAGACUAGAUCUAUGGACCUCUAGUUUAUGAAGAAUCCUUACAAGUUUAAAAAAAUACUAGUACUGAAACACUAAAAAAGAGGAAAGAUCCUCUUUGGCUUUCCUAUACUAGCCAGGAAGCUUUUGAUUUAGUUGUUGGUGAUUUUGUUUCAGACCAUGUCUGCAGAAAAUAUAACAGAAAUGACGGGAUUCACAUAUACUUUGAUGUAUGAUAGCAAAUAUAUAUAAAUAUAUAUAU